UUUUUUAUCAUUUUCUGGACAUUGCUGUUGUGAAUGCCUUCCUGCUUCACAAGAGCAUCACAAAGGGUAAAGGAGAGGUACCCAUGCACCAAAAGGCUUUUCGGGAGACACUUAUUGAGGAGCUGGCAGUGGCAGCUGGCAGCCUUGCUCCAUCGCCCGCACCAUCACCCUCUCCAAACAGAGCACAUCACAAGCCUGUGCAUAUCAGUGGACACAGCACCACAGGUCGUCUGAGGUGCAGACACUGCCAGGCAAAGACACCAGUAAAGUGCUCCUCCUGUGAUGUGCCUUUGUGCUUUUUGCCAAGUCGAGAUUGUUAUAAAGACUGGCAUGAUGCCAAUGAUCUCUAAAAAAUAUAAUUGUAAAAAUACAUUUGUGUGAAAAACUAUAUAUAUAUUUAUACACCCACAGAUGCAUAUACAUAAUGUGUAUAUAUAGUGAGUUUUAAUGCCAUAAUAAUUUUUUUUCCCUUUACAUUUGUUUCGAAAUUGAAAAAAAAACACUGUAUAAUGUUUAUGCUCCUGUAAUUUUGUAAAGUAUUGACAAUAAAUCUGGAUGUAAGAAUAGCUCUGAGUGUAACCUUUAAUUAGAGACCAAAAUUAGGACUGUACAUAAAAGCAUUCAAGAAUUACAGCCUUUUAUGUGUUGAUUGUUACAAAGGGCCAUUUGGAGUCUCCAAGUGGCCUUUUUUGGGUAGCGCCUAUACAUAGACCUAAAUAAACUUGCAUAGAACACUCAUUUUCUAAGAUAUUGUUAUCAAAUUUGAAUUGUGGCUUGGUAAGGCUUCAUGCUUUGAUCCUGUUGUGUUUUCCAGCUAAUACCUCACAAGGUAGGCAUCUGCAUGCAUUCCUUACAAAAAAAAACUUGGGCGGAUUUUUUUUU